UAGAACAAGAAGGCCCAACAAGAAACAUAAAAGCCUGAUUCUCACUAUUACAGAUCUCUAAAGCGAGCCAAGUUCUUGAUGCUCGAGUAGAUUCGAGUUUGCUAAUUCGAAGUAUAGGGCGUUUGUUUCGUAAGGGAGAUACAGAGGAUGAAAAGUGAGAGAGAAGAAGUCAAGAACGGUGGUGUUGAGGAGGAGGAAGAGAGAGAGCUGAAGCGGAAGAGAGAGAAGGAACAGUCUCCACCACUGGAUGAGCUCGAAGACGACGCCUUUAAGGGUCGUGGGAAGCAUUCUCGCAACGUCGAAGUUCGUCGCGAUUGCCCUUACCUCGAUACCGUCAACCGUCAGGUCUUGGAUUUUGAUUUCGAGAGGUUCUGCUCUGUCUCCUUGUCGAAUCUGAACGUGUACGCGUGUCUCGUCUGCGGGAAGUACUUCCAAGGGAGGAGCCAGAAGUCUCAUGCUUAUACGCAUAGCUUGGAAGCAGGACACCACGUUUACAUCAAUCUUUUGACGGAGAAGGUGUAUUGUCUUCCUGAUAGCUACGAGAUCAAUGACCCUUCUUUGGAUGACAUUCGACAUGUCUUGAAUCCAAGGUUUAGUAGGGCACAGGUAGAGGAACUUGAUAGGAAUAAGCAGUGGUCUAGGGCUCUUGAUGGCUCUGACUAUCUUCCCGGAAUGGUGGGGUUGAACAACAUACAGAGGACAGAGUUUGUGAAUGUUACAAUCCAAUCGUUGAUGAGAGUUACUCCUUUAAGGAACUUCUUCCUUAUCCCUGAGAAUUAUCAGCACUGCAAGUCUCCUCUUGUUCACCGCUUUGGGGAACUCACUCGUAAGAUUUGGCAUGCUCGAAACUUUAAAGGACAGGUGAGUCCACAUGAAUUCUUGCAAGCUGUCAUGAAGGCCAGCAAGAAACGGUUCAGGAUAGGCCAACAAUCUGAUCCAGUAGAGUUCAUGUCGUGGCUGCUCAACACUUUGCAUAUGGAUCUUAGAACUUCAAAGGACGCCAGCAGUAUCAUCCAUCAGUGCUUCCAGGGUGAGCUGGAGGUUGUGAGAGAGUAUCAAGGCAAUGAAAGCAAAGAAAUAUCCAGGAUGCCUUUUCUGAUGCUUGGGCUAGAUUUGCCACCGCCUCCUCUUUUCAAAGAUGUCAUGGAGAAAAACAUUAUUCCGCAGGUUGCUCUAUUUGAUUUAUUGAAGAAGUUUGAUGGAGAAACUGUGACAGAGGUGGUUCGCCCUAAGCUAGCCAGAAUGAGAUAUCGAGUUACCAAAUCUCCUCCGUACUUGAUGUUCCAUAUGGUUCGGUUCAAGAAGAAUAACUUCUUCAAAGAGAAGAAUCCUACAUUGGUUAACUUCCCAGUGAAGGACAUGGAGCUGAGGGAUUACAUACCAUCACUGCCUACUGCUGCAGAAGGCGGGAAGGUUUCUUCCAAGUACAAUCUAAUCGCUAACAUUGUGCAUGAUGGUAAGCCUGAGGAUGGGUACUUCAGGGUCUUUGUGCAGCGCAAGUCACAAGAGCUAUGGUACGAGAUGCAGGAUUUGCAUGUUGCAGAAACACUUCCGCAAAUGGUAGAACUAUCGGAAGCAUACAUGCAGAUAUAUGAGCUGCAGGAGGAAUAGAGCUGCAGAAAACAAACUUACUCAUUGCUUUAAGUGUUAGUUUCCAGGUUUCUUCUUGGAUUGAGGACUGAGAUUAGAAACUUGUUUCACAGCUUUUUGGAGACAAACUUGAUCGUCUUAAUUUAAGGAGAAAACGUGUAGUAGCUAUGGAUAUGUCAUAUUGAAGGGAAAACGAAAAUAUGAGUUUUGGCCCUUCGGGAACAGCUUUAUGCAUCAUUUUGAGAUUUUAAACAGUUUGACAAAAAAAAAACA